GUGCACAAAGGUUUAUCGUAGUUCCGGUCGCAUCAUCAAUACGGACUUUGACUACUUGGACUUCCUUGUGGGCUGAGCUUCAUUUACCGUUACCAUGGGAGACGGAGGUCGCAGGGUUAACACGCGGGCAGCCGAAGUUAGGCGACUUUGUAGAGAUCAUUUUAGCACAUUUUCUGUACAACGUCAGUCUCCUUCGUAAUUUACAAACUUGUAAUGACUCAUUCAAAUUCGGCGAUAUGUCCGCGUCGUUUUUGUACGGCAAAUCCUGCAUUUGUUUCUCAGUACAGAGCUAAAGUUUGUGCGUUGAGCAGUACUGGACGCGCGGACUUCCAUGAGAGUAAAAAUCGCCGACAGCUGCUGCUGAGUCGCCGGCAGUGCUGCCCGGAUGCACCCUGGAGACCGAGUGAAGGACCCAGACAACCUUCAUAUCUGGAAACCAAAGCAGUGAUCCUGGACAAUAUGGGACAACAACACCUGCAAACGGCGACCACAGAUGACCCACCAAAGAUAGUCGACAAGUCCAUUAACAGCAAACCUCCAGAUUCCACAGGAGGAAGUAAGAGUUUGCCAGUUGGUCGUACCCAGGCUGGAAAAAGAGCAGAUAUUGUUACCCUGCGGAAGCAUCUGGGCCAUGCCAGGCGUAUGGUGUCAGCAAUUAAACGGGGCCAGAGCUACCUCCACCUCCUGCAGAAACAAGAGCAGGAGGAGCAGGAGACAGAGGAGAGGCAGCGGAUGAGGAGGGAGGAGCUGCUGAGAACACAUCCACGACCUCCCAGUUUCUCUUCUGACUCAGACAGCGAUUCAGAGGGCUGGCCUCUGCCUGCAGGGAACAGCUGGUCAGGUGUGAACAAAGCAAGGCCAUACAGGAAGAAAAGCCAACCAGCACGACACUUCGCACCUGUACAUCACUCUCUGACCUCCCCUCUACUGAGUGAAGCGCCAGGGAAGGUCAUCUACCGCCAGCUAUGCUGUCUCAAUUGGCUGCUGGAGGCCUUGACUCUGGAUCGCUCCAGCAGAGUCGGCCCCCUCACUGCCUGCUGGGACCCCAGAGACCCUGGCCGAGGCAGGACCACGAUAAAGACGCUGAAAAAAGAGAGAGCCAUCGAGAACAAAUGGGAGCAGUUUGUUUCAACAAAGCCUCGGAGAGCGCAUCCCAGGCGCCCUCGCAGCUCAUCUGCUGGCCUCCACACCCACAGAAAGUCUUCUUCCACAACUGUGGCCUCCCUGUCAGCCCUCACCUCCACCACUGUGAGCAGCAGCGUGUCCUCUCUGGUCCCAGCCGCUGAGGAGAACACAGAGUCUCCGGGAGCAGCAGAAAAGACAGAAUGGCCCCCCUCAGAGGGUCUUUGCACAGUCUCAGAUGUGCACCAGAAAGUCAAGAAAGAAAGCCAAGGCAUGCAAACUGGCAGCUUAGCAGACAGCUGUCAUCUCAAGCACCCGUUAGACAUCAGCCAUCUAAUCAACAGCAAAGCCACCAUGCUGCGGGAGAUGAAAGCUGCCUUCGACAAAAGGGUUGAGGAGAUUGCUCAGAGCUAUGUCGAUGUUCUUGAGCUCAAAGCCAGGGAGAGAUGGAACAGCGGUGUUCAGAGGUACCGAGCCAUGUUUCACAUGGCCGACCCCUAUGGCCUUCCUCAUCAUGUGACCUGCAUGUCUCAGGAGACAAAAACUCCAAACAACAACAAUAAAUACAAGAACAGCAACAAUAUGUGGUUGUCCACUCUGCUGAGCAGCCUGCCUGAAGAGGUGUGCAGGGAGCAAGCGGUGAGCCGGGUUCUGGAGAAGCUGAGGGGUUUCGCAGAGCAGCAGACGCUCAGGGUGCGACCUCAGCUCUUCCUGAAGGUGCUGGGGGGUCUGGAGCCAUGGGAACUCUGUUUGCCUGAGCUGUGUGUGGCCAUCCAGAUUGCUACAGAGCAUGUGGUGCAGAUGUCCAGGGAGGAGUAUGAUGCCUGGCUGCAUUCAAGGGUCACUCUGCCCCCUCGAUACCACCGUGCUCCUCAAACACCAGCUUGUACCCCUUCGCCCCUGAAGUCUGUCACCUCAGCAGGAGUCACUGCCUUACAACAGCUAGAGCAAACACUGGCCUGUUUGUGGAGCUUUACUGGCACUACAGAAUCAACAUCUGAGAAAGUAAGAGCGCUUGUUUAUGAUGGUGUGUGUGUGUGUGUGUGUGUGUGUCAUAGUGUGGUGUCAUGGUAUACUGAAGAAAGAAAACGAGAUUUGAAUACAGGAUGUCCUUUAUCUCCAACAAUAUAGCCAAUAGGUAAAAACCCCUGUGGCCAGAUGAAUGGAAGUUAACACUAACUUCCUACAAACAUUGAAGCAAAAAGAGAAAUAGGUGAAUCUUUGACCUUCUGAGUGAAAAUUUCCUGUUUUUAAGUUUCUUUAUGUCACCGAAGAGAGAGAACAGGCGAAGAGUGUUUGGAUUAUAUGCUGUCAUGCCAUAAGAUGAAACACACUUAGUUAUUUCUGACUUGGAAAGUCAGCUGGGGAACCCCAUCAUGGGUGAGACAAGCAUCACAUUUAGCAUUAGUGAAGUGAACCUUUCAGUGCUGAAAAGUAAAUAAGUAUAUUUACUUAAGCAUGGGACAGUACAGUUUUGAGCUGCUUCUACUUUUUUUUUCAUUUUCUGCUUCUCCAUACUCUACGCUGCAAUUCAGAGACAAAUAUUAUGCAUUUGCUAUAUAAUAUACUACAUUCUGCAAUGAGGAAACCAACAUAGCCAGUGGGUACCCCUCAACAGUCAAACUGUGAGAAAAUGUGCAGGGUAAUCAUUAACAGUCAAAUGAUUGCCUUUGUUCUGAAAAUUCUUAAAAUGCAAAUUGUGUAAAGUCCACAGUGUUUCACACUUCGAAGUAAAAUGUGCUAAGAGACUCAUACCACCGCAUUAACCUAUGGAACAGAGUGUUGUAACCCCAAACUGAGUGCUUAGUGAAAAUCCUCUUAAUACAUGAUGUGCUUACAUGGGUGUAACAGCACAAUGUAAGCACAAACAACUACUGCUCACUGAAUACAGCGUGAGACAAGUAGAUUCAAGAAACUCUUUAACUUUUAAGGGCUUUGCUGCUGGACUGGCUUAAAAGAUUCAGAUUCAUUUGGAGAAUACUUGAGCUAGACUUUAAACUACACACACAGUGAAAAAGGUUUACCCUGGAGCUUUAUGAAAGUCCUUAGUUAUAAAAACAAUUGUUCCAAAUCAGAAACAUCUUUAACAAAUCACUAUAAAACCCCAGUAGAAUCACUCAUCAGUCUUUUUACUUGUUAUGCCUCUUAAAGAGGCUGGUUAGAAUGACGUCUGUCUUAUGCUUUAACCAGCAAAUUAGAUGAGUUUAUAGGAGCACUCGCAAGAAUUGAAAUUAAGAGGCUUGAAAUUAAGAAUUUAAUUAAGAUACAAUUAAAGCAAGACUGUGUAACUUUUCAAAGAAUACCUCAUUCUUCCUCUUACAAAUUAUGUGUGAAUUUCAGUGACAGUAAAAUGCAUCCCUCCUCGCUUCAAAGUCCAGUUCCACAGCCUCACUUGGUCUGGUAUGGCUACUAUGUUGGCUAAACAGACUUUAGAUGGGGAGUACUUUAAGGACCCCUGGAUUCGUAGUAAAAGUAAAGUAGUCUCAUUCAUUGACAUGGUUGUUGCAUGGCUCACGGAAGAGGCCUUUCAUCUUGGACUGGCAUGAAGAUCUCUUACUUAAAUCACCAAUGCAAAGGACAAACAACUGCAUUAGAAAAUAGAAAAAAAAUAAAUAGAAAAUAUAUUGUACUUUAAUAAUAAAAAAACAGAGAGAGAGAAAAAUUGAAGAUGCAUUUCUCUAGUCCACAGCUCGAAUAACUUCAAUUUCAGGGCCUCUUUUGGAUAAAUUCAGCAUUUAUGCUGCCAUCUUUUGUUCCCAACAGCAACAAGGAAGCAAGGGUCUCUUCAGCUGGCAACAGUGGCAGAGGCUCAUGGGUAUUGUAGUAUUUAGAGCCAUCUACUUGAAAAAGAAAAAACUUUUCUCUUUCUUCUUAAUCACUAUUCUGCCUUAUUCUUCCUGCUUUGAACUGACACAUUGAGAGAUUCCUGCAUCAUUUGAUCUGUACUGGAAAUAAGUAGAAUUUGCCAAGUCAAGUUGAAGUGUUUACUCACUGUUUAUUAAGAGGGAUUUCGUAAAAUGAGACCGGCUGAUUAACAUUAUUUGCAGUGUCAGCAUGAAAUGAUUGGCUACGCAUCCUGGAUUCAGAUAAUCUUCCCUGCAGGCUCUAAGAGGAACUGUGUGCACAGCUGAACCUAUGUAUAGUCCGCCCUGACUGCUAGACUCAGCUUAACCAGUACUUAGACAUACACACACACACACACACACACUCAAAUACAGAUACAGACACAAAUGUAGAAGUGGGGAUCCUCCCUGGAGCUCAAAGUUGGAGCCUGUGAUUAAGGUGGGUGGAUCCUUGAAACCACAAUUCAAAAUGGGCCAAUCCCAAAAGCAUCAAAAGAACAUCUCAGGGCAUAUAAAUGGCAUUUAUUUCUUCCAGAUGGUGACAUAGCUGUGAUGUAAGCUACAGCCAGGCUUUCUAGACUGAAACUACACCCUGCGGUAUUCAAACUGAACGACUGAGGGCGUACUAAAUAUCCUGUCUUAAUACACUGAGUUAUACCAUUUUGUCUGCAUCUCUUUUGCUCUUUUCUCAGCCAAGUCACCUUUAGAAACAGAAUCUUAAUGGAACAAGCCUGCUUUAAUUUAGGUUUCAAGCUAUGCCAAACUACACAUAUUUAUUUGAUCAUUUUUAUAUAGGUUAUUUAACUUUAUUGCAUAUAAGCCAGGAAGGCAUUUAUUCUCAAGGCAUGAGGACAGUAAUCAAGCAAACAUUUUGCUUGUCAGUAAGUUUUGGGUUAGCACAACUAAAUAAAUAAAAACUUAAUGAACAUGUUACUGAGAGGGCGAUGUUUACCUUGUCAAAUAGCCUUCCAGUAAUGACAUUUGACAUGGUUUAAUGAAACACACCACCACAGUGACUGGCUGAUAUUAAAUAUUUCCUUGCUGACAGUUACAUACAACCAGCUUAUAAAGCUUAGAAUCAAAUGUUAUUUACUUUACAAGAUUCAUGUAUUUGGUGAGAAUUUUCUGUAAAUUAACCACAUAAAUUCAACAGAAUAUAGUGCAGUGUCCGACAUAGAAACGAUGGGACCAGUUACCAUAAAAGGAUUUUAUCAUUUUGAAUUCAAAAUCAGCUGAUGUUUAAAUGUUGUGUGGUUGCAGUCCUAACAUUCUGGAUUUUUUGGCUUGAAAACAGCCAAAGAUUUUCAUAAAAUUGGCAUGAAAUAUUGAAUUCGGCAGCUUCAGUUGGUGUGAACCUCAAAUGCAUACAUUACACUGCACUCCACAGCAUUAUCUCUUAAUUAUAACCUUGCACAAACGAUAUUAUUGGAUUAUAUGUCUCUGGUCCUGCACUCAUGUUGUAAUUAAGAACAAAAUACUCAUGUGUGUUUAAUUUGAGGCUGUUGUCAACCUAAUGUGUUUUUUCUAUGUGGUAAAGGCCUGGCAUGCAGGAUAAACAGUAACGCCCAUGUGUGCUCACUCGGGUGGGCACUGGUGUAAACUCUGGUGUUAGAGGGCUGGACAAUGAGAGGCCAGUGGGGUCACACCCUGGGACAGCAGCCAGCUGCAGGGGGUGGCUCGUCGAUGUGUUUUCCUGGACCUCCUACCCAUCACCCAUCUCUCUCCCUGCACAUGAUCCAUUAGGGUGUUUGUUCAGCCUGGCACAUUCCCACACCCUCCACCUCUGUAUCCUCCUCCAUCACUUUUUUCUUUAUUUUUUUGUGUUAUUUCUCCAUUUCCAGUUUCUGCAUAUUACGAUCUCAUUUUCUCUCCUUGCUUUUCUUUCUUGUCAUCAUCAUAACUGUUGAAAUAUGCAUUUCUCUCUCCGGUUGUUAACUUGUCAGGUCUUCAUUUGUAUUGGAUGAUUUCCACUCGUGGGUGCGUAGGUGUGAAAGCCUUUGCAGCCCUGCAAAAGCAGCACUGUCUGCUGACUUGCUGCAGUGUCAUCCUGUCUUAACUCUGAAUAAUGAAGCUGCAGUAACCAUAGAUACAACUCUAUGAUAGCUCUACACCAUUACAAUGAGUGUGUGUGCAAGCAAAUGUACAGAUAAGGUAUCCACCAUUUUGCAUCUACUGCACAUCUUCUGUGUAAGAGGGCAAUAAAACAGACAGAAAGGUUCUUAGUAACACAUAAAUCUUCCUGCUCUUUGACCCAAGAAGCUUUCUUUCUUGUCUUUGAUGCAUCACAGAAAUUUUAAUUAAUCCAUCCAUCAUACAGUUUCUACACUAUAUGAUAUUUCUGCCUUUAAUUGAGAAACAUCAUGGGAAAUAAACCAUUUUCCAACACAUUCAGCCAAAUCCAUCUUUCAGUAUAAAUUAACCUACAUCCAGCCAGUGGAACAGUGUUUGUUGUCUGUCCUCUCCGUAAUUGUCUUAGGGUCGCUGCAAACACUUUGUUCACCCAGAUAAGCCAUGCUUUGUUAGUACGGAGAGCUGACAUAGCGCUCUUUUUGUUUGACGGGUCACAUUUGCUCUCACUGUACUGGCAGACAAACAACAACAACACUAUUUGCCAGUGACAACACUGUCAUGUUCAGAUAUAGAAAGGCAAGACUGGGCAACAGCCUUGUGACAACCUAUUGCUGCUUGUGUGUUCACUUCACUUCAGUCUUGGUGUCGGGGUGUUCACGUAUGUGGUUUGAGUGUACUGAUGGAAAUUCUCUGGUCUGAUCUUUUAAAUGUACAUAUAGGACUAAGCCCUGUAUUAUAUUAAGAAAGAACAUGUAGUAUCAAAUCAUAUCAUAUGAAUUCAUAUAAACUAAAGUCCCAAAUUUCUCCUACCACCAUUAUUUUCAUGAAUUUGUCUCAGCAGCACAGAAGAGGCACACUAAAGUGCAGAAAAAAAAGGACUCAUCUCAUGUGUGUAUUUCACAGUAACAUGCUUGAUUUGGUCUUCAGUUGGACAGACUGGGUAGGCUCAAACAUUAUGCAACAUUGAUCUGAUGCAACACAAAGAAAGAAGACAUCUGGCCCCAAAAGAUGAAACCCUUGCUAAUCUUCCACUCAUCUUUCUUCUUGUCACUUCCUCUUCCUUUUGUGGGAGUUAAUAUCAGAUAUAUGUGGUGCAUACAUCCACCAACAACAGUGUUAGAAGACUUUACACACAUUUUGUCAUGCUGAAGUCUGCCAUGUUGAAGUCGUGUGUGCUGCUGCCCCCUAGUGUUCGUAACAGCAAGUUACAUCUUAAAAACAGACGUGAGACCAGUUGUGUGCUGUAAUUUACUCUCUUGGUCAAGAUUUUUCAUAAACAACUUCUCAUAUCAAACUGAAAUAACAGUUCUGUUUAAAAUCUUGUUUUUUUAUGUUUCUAUUCACAAAUAAAUAAAUCUACAAAAAAAGUGAAGAAUUGUUUGAAUUUGCAAACAAAUGUUUAACCAAGCUAUUAAUAUCACCUUCAACCAAGAUUGCAUCAGCAGUGUGUUCACAUCAGGGUCUUCAAAUUCUUAUACCGACUCGGUGCAGAUUUUUGAUAAUUUGGCUAUAAAGGAAACAUUUUGUGCUCUGGAGCAUAUAUAUACAGUCUCAUUGUUGUUGACAAAAAUAUCUCAGCUCAAAUGGUUUUCAGACAAGCUGGGGAGAAAGAUCGUGUAAUAUCAAUGAAAGCUCCAGAGCAGCUUUCGGUCAUCUAUUGCUGUUUAUGGACAUGAGAAUAUUAACAAGUCUUUGUCUUGCAGUAGUUUGGAGUUCUGGAUAACAUCUUGGUCAAAAAUAAGAAAAAAUAAUCAGCUGGUGCUUCAUAAAAGAUCUAAUUCUCAGGGGAAAUUGAAUUUGUGUCUACAGGAGUCCCUUUGAUGUCUCCUUAAACUGGAUCCUGCACUGUUGUGAGUGUAUGUGUGUGAGUCUUUAAGCAUGUGUGUGCAACCAUUACCACAAAAUCAGCAGAAAACAAAAUAAGUCUCUCAGACAUCAAAGAGACCCAGGAGAGAAGAUGAUCUGUUUUCAGUCAUGGUGAACCACAUUUCACAUUUUCCCCCAAUCAGUACUCCAGUCAUCCCUCAGUCCAACCCCCCAUCCUUGCAUCCCUGCUGCCCUCCAACCACUGGGUGGCACAUGUGGCAGAGUGUUGUACUGUGUCAGCAUGUCCUCUCACGCAAACCAAAGAUCCCCCUUCUUUGAGACCAGUAUAUGUGAUGUGCAGAUCAGCUUUUCAUUUGGGGAUUUACAUGUUUGGGAUUUGGUGCUCGCAGCGCUGACGCAUUGUUUCCCUCCUCACAGCGGUGAUCUGUGCCUGGAGUAAAAUGCAAUUGAAUGGGAGGCUUGGGAAUAUGUUAAACCACCAGAGAGAAUGAUUGGGAGAUAGUGGGGCAGAAGGGUGGAAAGAGAUGGAGACAAGGCCAUGGAGGAAAGUAUCUGAAGGACUGAAAGGACAAUUAGUGAGUGGGAAAGAGGGAGAGAAAAGUUGGUAUCUGAAAUUGGUAGCACUGCCUAUAAGUCUAGGUCUAUACAUUUCUUCUCACUUGUGUUGAGAAACAGUUUUUUGUUUCAGCAGUUUCAGCAUCUGUUGCUCAGUCCUGCUCACUUACUUUUACAUUGUUCUCCUCAUUUCUUACAUAAUCCCAUAAUACAUCCAACAACAGUCAAACUCAGAGAAACCCAUAGUUUCAUUCAAGUUAAUGAUGCGUUUCAUUUGGUUGCCUGUCGCUAUAACUUCUGAAAGAGAGUCAGAGAAUGAGGAAGUAAGUAAGGAUUUAACUAAGCACACCCUGAAAAAAACUUUGUCGUCAGAUAGCUCUUCAUCAACAACGUAUUGUUUCACAAUAGAGACAACAAUGCGAGAUACUCCACGCUUAAAAAGUUGUUAUGGCUAACAGGUCAGCCAGAAUAAUGUAGCUGAUAUGUAGCACCAUCUCCACUACUUUGGAGAUGCGUUUUGGGCCACAGAUGGAAGAAGUUACCAGCACAUACACGCACACACACACACACACACACUGUCCUGAGGGGCUGUAAUCUAUCUCCUGUUUCCAGUCUUGUUUCCUCAUCCACUUUCCCAUCAUGUCGCUAAAAGGCAAACCUUACUCACUCUUUUAUUCUUUGAUCAUUGAUGGAGAUAUCAGCCACUGUCUUCAUUUUUCUCUUUAUGAUUCAAUCCACUUUUUUUCAGAAUAAAGAUGACCUACAUAUUGUUUCUACCAUCUUCAUGAGUUUUCACCACUGUUAAGGGUAGGAAAUUUUAUUUUUCACUACAGGAAUUUGGUGUGUGUGUGUGUAUGUAUGUGUGUGUGUGUGAACACAGAUUCCAUCCAUCCAUCCAUCCAGUCCUUUGAGAACAUGUUCACGCCUGUGUGAGUGUAUCAACAUCAUAUCCCCCCUAUCCUCCUCACUUCUCAGAGCAGAUUAUGAGCGUUGGAGUUGACUGAAGUGACUUUGAAUUCUACAAAGCCCCUAACCCCUGGGAACAUACCUGUUCUUGCAAGCCUCAAACGUACAGGUGCCUCAUUUCAAAAGACUCCUGCCCUCCUCUCUUUCCCUCACUCACCCCUGUUCCUCUCUCAU